GCUUGGCCAGACCCAGUGACCAACUCAUUAACGAACGAAGCCCUCAACAUGGAGGUUCUCUGCAAAAUUAUUGUGCUAUUCGCACUGUUAUUCAGCGCAACGACAUCUGAGCCCAUUCAAUCGAGCCUAUCAAAUGAGCUGUUCGAUGCCAUCGUUGGAGAUCUUGAAUUGCCCCAAUUCGGUAUACUCAAUGAUUUGGAUCAAUGUACGGCCAAUUUUACGGUCAGAAAUGUGGAGAUAUUAAUGAAUGCGGGCAACAAGCUGCGUCAGUGCGGCAAUGUGAAUCAAACCCAAAUGCAGAGCUAUUUGCAACAGCCGAGCUCCGCUGGAGUGAGGGCUGCCUUCCAGCAGCAGCUGGCCGGGUGCAGCACGCGCAAAUGCUACACGGAUUCGGUCAUGAAUCUGUUUGCCGGUGUGCGUCCCAUGCUGAAGCAAUUCUGGCUGACGGAACGCUGUGUCAUGCAUGAAAUCAGCAAAACUCUGCAUGCACUCGAAAGGUCAUUCGGACUCCUUGAAUAUUGCAUUGGAAGUGCCUUUGCACCCUCUUGGAACUGGACUACUCCUACCCCGCCUAAUUGGAACUGGACUACUCCUGGAACACCUAGCUGGAACUGGACGACUCCUGGAACACCAAGCUGGAACUGGACGACUCCUGGAACACCAAGCUGGAACUGGACUACUCCUGGAACACCAAGCUGGAACUGGACGACUCCUGGCUGGAAUGAGUCUACCCCUAGCUGGAACUGGACUACUACCACAACACCAAACUGGAACUGGACUACUACCGGAACACCUAGCUGGAACUGGACUACUACCGGAACACCCAGCUGGAACUUGACAACUCCUGGUUUGAAUGUGUCCACACCUAGCUGGAACUUGACGACUACAGAGACACCCGCUACAACCACGCUAAGCUGGUGGGACAAACUGAUGAAUGACCUCGGUUUCUAAAGCGUGGCGGCAGAGGGCGUUGCUGUGGGGCAGCACCUCUAAAUUAGAUACUAAGCAAACUAAAUAAUAAAUUGAUCAGCAUUGAAAUGUGUUUACUUGAUAA